AUGCUGACCUCCCUCCUCCUAACCGCCAUCGGCGCCUCAGCCGCCGCCCUCCCAUCCGUCCCAUCCCUCGAAACCCGCCAAGCCCCCUUCGAAGUCCUCCAAGCCGCCCCCUGGGACGCCGGCGCCGUGACCGAAUGGCAAAUCCACCCCUCCUGCAACUCCUCCGAACGUCUCCAACUCCAACAGGGCCUCGACGAAGCCGUCACUCUCGCCACCCACGCCAAAGCCCACAUCAACCGCUGGGGCAACUCGUCCGAAGUCUACCGCAAAUACUUCGGGAACUCCCCUCCCUUUGAAGCCGCGGGCGCAUACGACAUCAUCAUCAAUGGAGAUCGUGCGGGAGCGUUGUUUAGAUGUGAUGAUCCAGAUGGGAAUUGUGCGGCGUUUCCUGAUGAAUGGGCCGGCCACUACCGCGGCCCCAACGGCACCCACGAAACAGUAAUCUGCCCCCUCUCCUACACCUCCCGGCAACACCUCUCGCAAAUCUGUUCCCAAGGCUACGACGUGCGCACCGGCUCCCGAACCCUCUACUGGGGUUCCGACCUCAUCCAUCGUCUCUACCACAUGCCGGCCUACGGCGCCAACGGCUACAUCGACCACUACGCAGAAGGAUGGGCUGGCAUCGUCACCGCCGCGAAAGAGGGGAGUCCGAAUUCGACCCACGACUCGGAUGGACUGCAGUUUUUCGCGCUGGAGGCGUAUGCUUAUGAUGUGAUUUAUCCGGGGGUUGGGUGUCCGGGUUCGAAUGCGCCGGUUACGGAGGAGGAGAUGGAGGGGAGUGGGGGACAUGGAGCGGCUGCGGCGGCGACGACGACGUCGAUGGCUGCUGCGCCGGCGGCGGUGACGGAUGCGCCGGCUGGACAGAACUGCCACACCCACGCCAACGGCGAGCUGCACUGCACUUGA